CAGGUCUAAAUAUGACGCUGAUUGCUAUCGGCUAGCUGGCUACGUUGUUUCCCUCCAUCAACACUGAGCAGAGACCGAAGCUUAACAAGUUUAUAUCCUACACGAACAAUUUCGGAUUCACGUUUGUUAUAAAUACCGAGCCUUUCGAGUGAGGAAUUCUUUGCUGGACGUUUGAUUAACCAGUUUAUGCAAAAUAAACGACAUAUGCAGGCUCUAUAGCAGUGCAAGAUGUUCAACAAAUCUUUUGGUGCUCCCUUUGGGGGAGGGACAGGAGGAUUUGGGACUACUUCAACAUUUGGGCAACAAAAUACUGGAUUUGGAGCAACAGGGGGCUUUGGGUCUGCAGCAUUUGGGACAACAAACAACACAGGGGGACUGUUUGGGACCACCCAGAACAAACCUGGUGGCCUAUUUGGCUCGAGCACCUUCAGUCAGCCUGUCACAUCCUCCACCAGUAGUGGGUUUGGGUUUGGUGCUACCAGUGGCACAUCAAACAGCCUUUUUGGAAGCACCAACCCUGGAGGUGGAGGAUUGUUUUCCCAGCAGAAUAAUGCCUUUGGUGCCAACAAACCAGCCUCUUUUGGCACUUUCGGUACCAGCACCAGUAGCGGAGGAUUAUUCGGGACAACCAACACAACAUCCAACCCUUUUGGAGUAACAUCAGGCUCUUUGUUUGGGACAUCAAGUUUCACUGCUGCUCCCCCUGGCACAACAAUCAAAUUCAAUCCUCUAACUGGGAGUGACACAAUGGUAAAAGGAGGUGUGACAACCAGCAUCAACACCAAACACCAGUGUAUCACUGCCAUGAAGGAAUACGAGAACAAAUCCCUAGAGGAAUUAAGGCUUGAGGAUUACCAGGCAGGAAGGAAGGGUCCUUCCAACCCCAUGGCAGCUGGCACGGGUGGCCUCUUUGGUGCUGCAGCAGCCACAGCUACUCCCAGUACUGGCACUGGACUCUUUGGAUCCUCAACUCCAAAUGCUGGCUUCAGCUUCGGCCAGAACAAGACUUCAUUUGGCACAAGCACUGGGGCCUUUGGUACAACUACAGGAAGUUUGUUUGGCCAGCCGCAGCAGCAACAGCAACAACAACAGCAACAACAACAACAACAGCAGCAAGCUUCCAGUCUCUUCAAACCAUUUGGCUCAACUACCACCACCCAAAACAAUGCUUUCUCCUUUGGCAACACCAGCAGCAUGGUGAGUUCCAGCAGUAGUAAAUGUCUGCACUGACUUACUAAGCAUUCU